AAACAACACAAAUUUAAAAAAAAAAAAAAAAUGGAAGAGGCAAAUAAGAAACACCACUUCGUUCUAGUUCACGGUGCAUGCCAAGGGGCGUGGUGCUGGUACAAAGUGAAGCCACGGCUCGAGGAGGCGGGCCACCGGGUCACGGUGAUGGACCUAGCCGGCUCAGGAAUAGACGUCACCCGAACCAUUAAGGACGUUAACACGUGCGUAGAAUAUUCCGACCCGUUGAUCAAGAUUCUCGGCUCGUCACCGCCAUCUGAGAAAGUGGUGCUGGUCGGCCAUAGUUUCGGAGGAAUGAGUUUAGCCAUUGCGAGUGAAAAGUUUCCGGACAAGAUCUCUGUCUCUGUCUACUUGACAGCUUUCAUGCCCGACACCAAAAACCCUCCAUCUUUCGUUAUCGACAAGAUACUGAGCAAUAUGCCAGAAGAAUCAUGGAUGGGAACCAAGUUCGAACGUUAUGGACAUGACAAAACCGGCAUCAGUAUGCUCUACAGCCCAGAGCUCAUGAAGAAGAAGCUUUACAAGCUUUGUCCGGUUGAGGAUCUUGAGCUUGCGUUAUCGCUGCUGAGGCCCGGAUCGUUGUUCACGAAUGCUCUGUCGAAGAUGGAGAAGUUCUCGGAGAAAGGGUACGGAUCUGUUCGUAGGGUGUUCAUAAUGUGCAAAGGCGCGAAAGCUAUGGCGGAAGAACAGCAGAGAUGGAUAAUUGAGAAUUCUGGUGCGAGUGAAGUGAUAGAGAUGGAGGAUACUGGCCAUAUGGCCAUGAUAUGCAAGCCUCGACAAGUUUCUGCCCAUCUCCUUGAAAUCGCAGACAAAUACGCUUAAUCAUCUAUGAUGCAUAAUCAAGAUCUCUAUAUAUAUAUAUAUGGAAGAAGGGUUUGAUGUAAUGAAUUACAGACAAUAAAAGGUUGCAGAUAAAACAUGCAUAAAGCCCUAAUCGGUU